AUGGCGAAGAAAGGUCCGCCAUAUGAGAAUGACCCGGAGUGUAAGUAUGUUGUGAUCGAAGAUCCUUUCCCGGGGCACAGGACUGGCAAGGCGCGGGACACGAUGUACUGGGAGUGGCUCAGUAGCUGGGUGUACUACAUGACUGGCAAGAAGACAAACCCAACGGCAAUCCACUACAUGCAUACGAGAGACGAGGUCGUCGUACAACUGCCCGAGGAAGCUGACAUAUACCCCAUUCUCGGUGUCCAUGUCUGGCGUGAGGUGCUCAGCUGGGGAGGCGCAAAGGACCGGGAUCGCGUCUCAUACGUUUUCGAGUUCAACUACCGCAAACAAGGGCAUCCAGAAGAGCCCUGGACUACAGGUGGCGAACAGGACCCUACCAGGUUCCCGGUUAAAUACCCGUAUCCCCGCCCGCAUUGGGCGAUCGUUCACGGAAGGAAUUGCGCAGACUUGGCACUACCGUUGCCCAAGACCCGGGCGCGCACACCAACUCCUCCACCCCCGGAACCGAGCGCGUUCGAGCCAUAUGAGGCCCCUCCGCACCUCGCACAUGUUCGGAAUGCCCAACUGGACGAAGAUAUACAUCCUCCCGAAGAACAGAGACACCGGGAAGAACAGCAUGUGGAGCCGACGACAGGGGUAUCAUUGCUGGGCCAACUCUCUGUCGACAAGCGAGACCCGUACGAGGAAGAGGACGCAGCGCUGCAACUCGUUAAGCAAGAGCCCUCGGAUGUUCCCAUUUCCGUGAAGCCAGAACCUUCUGAAGUAGUAUUGAAGCAAGAACACAAUGACACUCAAGAGCCCCAGCCCUCGGAGGCUUUCCUUGCAGCCUUCACCCGCCUCAGUGAGCGCACACGGGCGGGCCAAGAGCCGAUUGCAAAGCGCGAGCCAUCGCCGGCUCCAGAACCACAGCCCUCUCAGGCAUUCUUAGCUGCGUUUGAGAGGCUCGAGCGCCAGCGAGCCCAAGGCCUCUCCGUCGUCCCUGGAGCACCGGGAGGGAGGGAUCCAAUCCAUAUUCAAACGCAAUUUACCCCGACCCCGGAACGCGCACGCUCCGAGACUGCAGCUACAAUCCCAUCAUCGCCUGAGCGUGCUCGCUCGGAGACAUGGACACCGGGACUCGGUGCUCGCGUCAAGCCUGAGCCUCAGGAGGACGCGCUACCACCGCCACCCCCGAGUGAAGCUUGCAACCGCAGUCGCGACCCGCGGCUCACUCCAGGGAAUUCGCGAGUGAAACCGCAAGAGCCGAGGCUGCCUCCGCCCACGCGCCCUACGGGGCAUGGUGCCAUCCGUGUCAAGCCAGAGCCGCAAGAUUCCGCCAUGCCUCCACCAGCGCAUGGAAACCCGUCGGACGAUGUGCAAAUUCAGGACCCGAGGCAGCGAGGCAAGCGUCAGUGA